CACAAAGAACAGUAAAAAUGCAGGCAGGGCGCCGGACAAAGCAGUAGGGACAAAAUGUAUGUGAAAUGUCAUUUUUUUAAAUUUUCAAAUUUCCCACCGGUUCCAGCGCCCGUACGUCCCGAUGUCACAGGGACCGGAACACGGAAUCCAGAUGCCGGCAUCGGCCGGAGGAGAUGGCCGGGGACGCUGCAGGGGGGACAUCGCGGGGAGCGCAGGACAAGGUAAGUGCUGCAGGGACCCCCGGAGAACGCCGCAUGGUAAGCCCGAGUGUAGCUCGGGGUUACCGCUUUUGAUACUGAAA